GCUGCCACUACAACCGACCUCGCGCUGGGUUGGCUAACAAGCGAGGAAGAUGCUAGACGGAAAUGGCGGUGACUGCAAGGCGAGCAGCAUGAUUUGCUGAUGCAUUUCAUGGAUCAAAACUUUCGAAUGCCACUACAUCGUUGGAAAACUGACAAUGAUGUCGAAGUAGAGCACCUUUUGUAGUUAUCAUUACAAGCCUAUAAUACCUUUCCGGGGGAGUUUUCAUCUUGCCAGCGGAGGAGUGAAAAUCUCACCGGGAGCAUGGCUUCUUACAGCAACCAGUACAUCUUCGGGGAAUUCAGCCCUGAUGAGAUCAAUCAGUUCUUUGUGACUCCUCGAUGUUAUGUUGAGCUUCCUCCGUUCAAUGACAAAGUUCCAUGUGUCAGUCAGUCUUCUGGAAGUUACUGCACUCCUGCUGUACCUUAUAUUAUGGAGUCUAUGGGACUGCAGGUCUGCGCAGAAGACUAUCAGCGCAUUGAGUUUGGCGUUGACGAGGUGAUGGAUUCCAAGCCUGGGGUGAACGAUCCUUUGUACAAGGUGUCUAGCACUCUCAAUCCCCAGGCUCCAGAGUUCAUCCUGGGCUGCCAGUCAGCCCAGAAGGCUCCACAGACAACUCCUCCAGCAGCUGAUGUCCCCGAUGGGAGCCAUUUCAACUCGCUGGAUGGGCCUGACUCGGAGGCCUCAGCCCUGGACAAUCACCAGGCCUGCCAGGACAUAGACGGACUCUCUGGCAGCCUGGGACAGCGAAAGAAAAAGAAAAAGCGACCACCCGGGUACUACAGCUACUUAGAUCCAUCAACUAACGCAAACAGCAGCACUAGUGCAGCAGAUGGCGCGCCUGUGACAGCACUAGUGAAUGGACAUGCACUUGGAGGUCCACACCACAGUACUGAGGAUGGGGACAGUAAGGUAUUGUCAGGGGUUGAACUUGCCACCCCUGGACCUGUCUCCACAGCAACAUCAACAGCUGCUGUGUUGGACUCCACAUCCACUGCCAAUCAGAGGACUUGUGAUAGCCCUGAUGACUCUUCUUUGGACUUAACAAGUGGAGCUGCCUCUUUAUCAGAUGGCAACAAUGCAACUUCUUCCUCUCCAUCCUCCUCUCAAAGCAGAAGGAUGGCAGAGGGACCAAGGACUGCAGAUCAGCAGCCUGAUCAUUUGGCUCCACAGAGCCCUGAACUUUCAGAUACCCCACAAAGCCCUCGCUCCAAAUCACCUCUUACUCCUUCAGCUGCUGUGGCCACCCCCUCUGUCAUCACUUCCAUUACGACUACUGAAGAAGAGGGAAAGGAGGUUGCAGACAGUGGGGUGGCCAAUGGGCUAGAAGAACCUAAUACUUCUGUCAGUGCAGAAGGACACAAAGAAGACUAUGAGAGUGGGGAGCUGACUCAGCAUCUCACCCCAGACUCUGCUGCACAGCCCAUAGUGAUGGAGCAGGCACAUUCGCCUGCAAAUCCAGCUGCACCUACUGCCAAUCUUCCUAAAUCUUGGGCUAGCCUCUUUCACAACUCCAAGCCUCUACCUGGGGGCCCUCAGGCCUUUGUGGAGGUAAAGAAUGUUGUGGAAGUUGUGUCUUCCUCCCCUGCCACUCCCGAGCAACCUGAAAAAGUCGGAGAGGUAAAAGAAGGUCCUGUCCAUGUGUCAGAGGAUCCUAUGGCCCCAAAGCUUGCAGAACUUAUUCAGAAUGUGAAGUUGAUACAUAAACCAGUGUCUUUGCAGCCAAGAGGACUGAUCAACAAAGGAAACUGGUGCUAUAUCAAUGCUACCCUACAGGCCCUGAUCGCAUGCCCUCCCAUGUAUCACCUGAUGAAGGCCAUUCCUGUGCAUAAUGAAACACAGAGACCAUGCACCUCCACGCCCAUGAUAGACAACUUUGUAAGGUUGGUGAAUGAGUUCAACAAUAUGCCUGUGCCAUCUAAAACCAAACAGCAAGCUGUAGGUGAUAAGGUCGUAAAAGACAUCCGGCCUGGUGCACCUUUUGAACCAACUUACAUUUAUAGACUCCUCACUCUCAUCAAGUCAAGCCUUUCGGAGAAGGGUCGACAAGAGGAUGCGGAGGAGUACCUUGGGUUCACACUCAACGGAUUGCACGAGGAGAUGCUGGCAUUGAAAAAACUAAUCUCGCCUCAGGAAGAGAAAGCUCCCACACCCAAUGGACCAGAGUCCCAACCCGGUGUGGAGGAGGAUGUUGCUGAUAAGGAGGAAGAAGGAAGUGAUGAUGAGUGGGAACAAGUGGGUCCCAGAAACAAGAUUUCCAUCACUCGCCAAGCUGACUUUGUCCGCACACCCAUUACUGAUAUCUUUGGUGGACACAUCAGAUCAGUGGUAUAUCAACAAAAUUCCAAGGAGUCGGCCACUCUGCAGCCUUUCUUCACCCUGCAGCUGGACAUCCAGUCUGACAAGAUCCGCACAGUUCAGGAAGCUCUAGAAACAUUAGUGGCCCGAGAGUCUGUGCAGGGCUACACUUCCAAAACCAAGCAAGAGAUUGAGAUAAGUCGGAGGGUGACUCUGGAAGAGCUGCCACCCGUGCUGGUUCUUCAUCUCAAGAGGUUUGUCUUUGAAAAGACUGGAGGCUGCCAGAAACUGACAAAGAACAUUGAUUACCCCGUUGACCUGGAAAUCAGCAAAGAUCUCUUGUCCUCUGGAGUGCGAAGCAAAGUUAUGAAAGGCCAAAGAACUUACAGGCUCUUUGCAGUUGUCUAUCACCAUGGAAAUAGCGCAACUGGCGGUCAUUACACCACUGAUGUCUUCCACAUUGGUCUUAACGGCUGGCUGCGCAUCGACGACCAGGCAGUGAAAGUCAUCAACCAGUACCAAGUGGUGAAGCAGACUGCAGAGCGCACCGCCUACCUGCUGUACUACCGCCGCGUUGACUUGCUGUAGACACGCACAUACACGUCCCUACACACAACAUUACCUGACAUAUUCACAAAUACACUCACACAACAAACAUGUUCAGAAUGCACUCUUAAACAAAAUAGUACAUCCACACAGGACACACACACCCACCAAACUAAUUAACAGGAACACUGCCCAACUUGUUCUCUUGCAAGAUUUCCCUCUUCUUCCCUUCUGUCCUCGCUUUCCUGAGAACCAGCUUUUCCAAUGCCGUUUUCUUGUCAUCUUUUUAUUUUUGGAAGAAAAGCAAGCUGCAUUCAUAGAGAUUUUCCUGGGACUGCUCUCUCUUCUCUGUGCACCACUGCUGUUUCUUUUCCUUUUUUUGUUUAAAAGCAGCAAGGAAGGACUGUUGAAUAGACAAGGUGGGGGGUGGGGUGGGAGGGGGGUUACAGUUUAGGACCUGAGAUUCACCUCUGAUUGAGCCCACAGCUCAGCCCUGAUGGCAAACAGUGAACUCACUAACGCAGGAGGAACUAUCUACCACAGGCUGCAAGUGGACUGCAGGGGUAAUUCUCUGGGUCAGAUUACCUUUUUUAAGGAAAUAUCAGUGUUUGCCUUUUAGUAAACGAGAACUGUCGGCCUAAUGAAUUUGCAGCAGCUUAAAAGCCUAUUGUUUGUCCUUGUGCAUUGAAAAGGCCCAGCACCAGCAUUGUCAUGAGUCUCUCUUCCUAAGGCCAGAUUGUGUUCAUCUCUGCCACCACCAACACCCCCACCUGCUCCUCCAUUUUCUCACUUUUAUGAUACUUUUAAAUCUAGGUACAACUUGAGCCAUCAAAAACAGAAAAGAAAGAGGUGGUGCAUUGGAUGGAAACUUUACAGCUUAAAUGUUUUGAUCCAUGUUAUGGUAUUUGGGUUUAGAUUUAGAAAAGACUAUCUUUAAAAAAAAAAAAAAAAAAAAAAUUAUUGCGCUUUAGAAUUUAAUGACAAAUAAGCUUUUGUGCACAAAGUAUAAACUGAUUGAUGAUUAUAUGACAGGCAAAUGCAUAUUUUACAAAUAUUUAGAUUCAAAUGUUAAAAGAAAAAAAAAAAAAAAAUUCUAGCUGACCGAAAACCUGUUUGGGUCCUGAAAGACUGUGCCAGUUUUUAGAGUCAGAUCCCUUCUCUGGAGAAGUGGCAACCGAUCAAGACAGAUUCCACUGCAAAACCUGCCCUUAUUUACUCUGUACAUUUCCUUCUUUAUCCAUUUUUUUUCUUUUGUCAAAAGGUUCCAUCUGUGUAUUUGUGGCUUAUCAGUGUAGUUUUGGGCCACACAACCCUCUAUCCCCCCAACUCAGCAAAAAGCGGGGGCUGCCUUAGGUUCAAUGUGUGACAUUUUUCACUCAGUGUACAAGUCUAACCCAAAUCAGGUGGCAAUUGUUGAGUGUAAUGCCCAAAGAGUUAUGGGAAUGUACUCAACACCUCUGUAUUUACUGUUUUGUGGCUCCCUGUCGAGGCAAACUGAGCGUUGAGGGAAAGUGAGACUCCACCAGUGCUCAAUUCUGCAUAAAGAUCUUAGAUAAGUGAACAAAAGGUAGUGUUUGCUUUUGCUGAAGAUUGAUUCUUGGCUCACUCAUUGAUUGUGAUUUUUGUUUGCGUUACAAAAGGAUGUUGGGUUUAUUUUUUUCUUUUUGUCAUUGAAAUUGGCAUUUGACAAAGAAAUUAACAGACUAAAGCACAACAGCAAAUAAAAUUGAAAUAUUUCUUUGCUUGAUUUUCUUUUAUUUUUUUCUUCCCUCUUUAACUUUCACUCAAGACCAAUUUCAUUCCAACGACCAGUCUCAGAUUCUCAGUGUUAACUCAUCAGCUUGAGUAUAGCCACUUCCACACCUGUCUCAUAUGGACUUUAGUUUCUCCCGUGUCUCUGUUUUUAUAAAACAAGGUGCACAGGUGAGACUGGUUGCUCCACAUUUUCCAGUGUCAAAAGAAAUGGUGCAACAUGAUAUCAGUUUCCUACAUUCUAAUAGCAGUGUUUGUUUUUAAGCUAGUUUAACAUGCCCUUUGACUGUAAAUUCACAAGCUUUUUGGGCUCAAGUUUAAAUUAUAUUUGAUUUAAAAAAAUGCUCAUACUAAAAUAACUUAUCUUAUUAUGUGGUGUGUAGUAUCGAUUGACUUCUCAUGGGUUUCAUGUUCAGAAACCUUUCCCAAGUAAACCAAAGGACAUUAUAUUGGCCCUACUGCCUUCCAUUCAAUCCAUGACUUUAUUUUGCCUUGUCCAUUCGAGGUCUUGUUGCCAUUUAUCAUUGCACAAAGGAAAUGGCAUGCUCUGUUGAUGAAUCAUAACAUUCAUAGUUCAGUUGCACUGCUGGCUUCUGUCAUUUCUGCACAAAUUGUGACAUUGUUCAUUUUGCAUAUUUUCUUUCCCCUUUCAAAGAAUGUUUGGAAGAUGGGUAUUUGAAACAGACACCUUGAGCUUUCUGUUGUACAGUUGUCUUGGUGUCUGAUGGCUGGUCAGAAAAUGUGCUGGUGAAAAACUUCAAUAAUGUAUGAGUAUGUGCUCCUAACACUAUUGUCUGCUGGGAACUGUUGGGAUAUUGACCUAAAAACAAAGUCUAUUCUGUCUUUUGAUUUUAAGCCUCCAGCAUUCUAUUUUGUUUAUUGUUCAAAUAAAGGAUUGUGCAAAAAGCAGUUUGCUAAUCAAGUGUAGUCUGAAGAGUACAUGGUUUUCUUUCUCUUCACAGUAAACUGGCCUACAGAACAAUGUGCACAAUAAAGCAAAACUACAAAAUGA